CCCAGUGUUAUAUUCAUUUGGUAGCUAAGGCAUGUGUUCGCCAUGGAGUCGCUUCCUUUCCCCUCUCCUACCGUCCAGUUGCUACCAACAGUGGUGAUAAUUGGCGUCUUGUCGAUUUUCAUCGGAAAUCUUCUGCGUCAAUUUGCGCCUCACCGUGGUGCUAAACCUCCUGUUGUAUUCCACUGGGUGCCUUUCAUUGGUAGUGCAAUUAGUUAUGGGCUUGAUCCGUACCGGUUUUUCACUUCCUGUCGAGAGAAGUACGGUGACAUCUUCACCUUCGUCCUGCUAGGCCGCAAAGUCACUGUAUAUCUGGGGGUUAAAGGAAACGAGUUCAUCCUAAACGGCAAGCUGCAGGACGUGAACGCUGAAGAAGUGUAUUCACCUCUUACAACGCCAGUGUUUGGCUCAGACGUCAUUUAUGACUGCCCAAAUCAAAAGCUUAUGGAACAGAAAAAGUUCAUCAAGUUUGGUCUCAGCAGUGAAGCUCUUGCUUCAUACGUGCCCUUAAUCCAACAUGAAGUGGAGCAAUAUAUCGCCUCAUCCCCUCAUUUCAAAGGCGAAUCGGGGACGAUGAAUGUUCUUCAAGUCAUGGCCGAAAUUACCAUUUUAACGGCGGCUCGGACGUUACAGGGUGAGGAAGUUCGUAGCAAGCUGGACAGCUCGUUUGCGAACUAUUACCAUGACUUGGAUUCCGGGUUUACCCCAAUCAACUUCUUGCUUCCAUGGGCUCCAUUGCCACAUAAUCGGAAGCGUGAUGCAGCCCACAAGAAGAUGCGCGACGUAUAUAUGGAUAUCAUCAAGAAACGUCGUAUAAGUGGACAAGAACGUGGACAUGAUAUGCUCUGGAAUUUGAUGGAUAAUUGCGUGUACAAGGAUGGCACUGCUCUUCCAGAUAAAGAAAUCGCUCAUUUAAUGAUCACACUUCUUAUGGCUGGACAGCACACGUCAUCCGCAAUAAGCGCAUGGGCAAUUCUGCAGCUAGCCGCACACCCUGAGGUUAUGGAAGGCCUAUAUCAAGAGCAGGUUCAGGUCUUCGGACCGUCUAAAUCGAUCACGUUAGGUGACAUUGACCGGUUGAGCUUCAGUCAAAUGGUCAUAAAAGAAACAUUGCGUCUGCAUGCCCCAAUCCACUCCAUCAUGCGAAAGGCCAAGAACACCAUGGCCGUUCCGGGGACAAAUCUAGUCAUCCCGGAAUCGCAUAUUUUGCUCUCGGCUCCCGGAUUCACCGCACGCAGUGAAGAUCACUUCAAGGAUGCUGCAAAAUGGAACCCUCACCGUUGGCUCAGCGUCAUCGAACGAUCAGAAGCCGACGAGAAGAUUGAUUACGGUUACGGAGUGACCAUAAAGGGAACCAAGAGUCCAUAUCUCCCGUUUGGUGCAGGAAGGCAUCGCUGCAUCGGCGAAAAGUUCGCAUACGUCAACCUUGGAGUGAUCCUGGCCGUUAUGGUACGGCAUUUCAAGCUUCGAAAUCCAGAUAAUCGGGUCGGUGUCCCUGCCACGGAUUACAGGAGUCUCUUGUCUCGUCCAAUGGAGCCGUCAUCGGUUCAUUGGGAAAAGAGAAAUUUCGUUUCAGAAUAGCCUAUAUUAAUAGUUAUCAUAUGGAUAAUUAAACGAUGUACGGAGUAUCUGCAUUUAGUUCAUGUGCUUGAUGGUUGAUC